CGGGAUUUCUCUCAUCUGCCUCACCGUUGUUUGCGUUUUGCAUUGAAGAUUUACCUAGCUGAAAAAGAUUACCAAAGAUUCUUUACAGAAACAAAUUCGUAAAAAGUUUUCAACUUAAAACUUGGGUUUUAUAUUAAGAAGGUGGAAAAUAAGUCCAGGAGAUCUAGCUAGAGAGCAUGGAUGCAGGUGAAGACCAGAACACAAGCUCUUCCAAUGGAAAUGCGCCCUCUGCUGGGAACUCCCGCCCUCCACAGAUAGCCCACAUGUCUCUGUAUGAGCGACAAGCUGUGCAGGCCCUUCAGGCGCUGCAGAGACAGCCAAAUGCAGCCCAGUACUUCCAGCAGCUCAUGUUGCAGCAGCAAAUCAACAGUGCUCAGCAGCUUCACAACUUGGCUGCUGUGCAACAGGCCACCCUUGCUGCCAGCCGCCAAUCCAACUCUCCCAACAACAGUGUCGCCCAAGCAACCACUUCUGUCAAUUUGAGCACCACCACUGGGGGAGGGACCGUGACCAAUCCCCGUCCUCUUGGCGCUGCCACGUCCGUGACGUCAUCGGCCCUCAGUCAGUCAGUGUUGCUGGGGGGGAACUCGGCUGGGCAGGGCCAAAUGUACCUGAGAGUCAACCGCUCCCUUAGGGCACCUCUUGCAGCCUCCCAACUAAUUUUCAUGCCGGGUGGCACGGCAACAGCUGCUGUAGCGACGGUUGCUCAGCAACAACCUCAGCAACAACAACCGCAGCAACAGGAAGUCCCACCGACCUCCAGUGCUCAAUCAGACAAUGACCAGGUGCAGAACCUGGCUCUCCACUGUGUCUCCUCUCCCAGGGUGGCCGGCGUGAAGACUGAGAUGCCUGACAGGAAAGACACAGCCAACUACCCUCUUAGUCAACAGCAGCAGCAGCAGCAGCAGCAGCAACAACAACAACAGCAGCAGCAUCAACAACAGCAGUUCUGUCAGAACACCCAGCAGCAGCUUCAUAACCAGCAGCAACAAAUGGCCAAGCUGCCCACCUACCCACACCCCCCAGCCACAGCUGUCCCCAGCACGACUGUCAAGACUGGACACCAGUCCAACAUGGCCCCCGCCGCCUCCUCCCCCUCCUCCUCGCUCCCUCUCUCCCAGCUCCUCCUGUCGCCGUCAGGUCUCUGUCAGGCGCGGGCGGUUACCACCGUUACCCCUGCUGCCGCGGUGACUCACAUCCUAGUCCCCACCUCCAGCGUAGCGACCUCCUCUCAGGGUUACCCCAUUGGUUCAGUGAACCCCAAACCCAGCGUCAACACCCAGACCUUGGUGGUACAGCCACUGCAGCAGUCCAGCACGGACAAAGUGGGCCACGCUCCUGGUCCUGUUCCCAUACAGCCCAAAACCGUGCAGGGUCACCGCUUUCCUGUCCAGCUACCCCCGCGCCACCCUCCCCCUAUCCUCCCGGCCCCACCUGUCAACCCUCAGCCCAGCACAGGCAGCCGUCACCCACCCCAUGUCCCGGUGCAGCUGGUGGGAGCCAGGCAGGGCUCGGCAGGAAACCCCCAGGCUUUGGCCCAGGCGAGAAGCUGCUGUGCCCAGGACAACGGCACGACUGUAGCAACAACCGGAGGGAGCGCCAUGGCAAAGCCUGCGAUUGGCUCAUUGAAGAGGAAGUCAGAAACCGAUGCAACCAGUGAACUGGCAGUAGAACCUUCGCAAAUAUGCUCCCCACCAAUAAGAGACUGUGCCCCUCCUCUGUCCCCUGCCCCCACAUGGGACUCCGUUCCUAAAACGGUAGCAGCCUUCUCGUCUCCCCCCACCCUGUCUCCGUCUCUGCCACUGUCACGGGGGGUGGGGGCGCAAGGAGACAGAGCCCCGCUCCCCCAGGCCGUGGUCAAACCCCAGGUCCUCACCCACCUCAUAGAGGGCUUUGUCAUCCAGGAGGGAGCAGAACCCUUCCCCGUGACGGGGCCAGUGAAGGAGCCUCUAGCCAUGGCUGGUAAACAGACUGAAAACGGAGGCCCUGCAGUAUUGAAAUGUGAGUACUGUGAAAGCUUCGCCCCGGCCAGCCAGUUCAGAGGCUCUAAGAGGUUCUGCUCCAAAACCUGCGCUAAGAGAUACAAUGUCAGCUGUAGUCACCAUUUCCGGGUCAGUAGGGGGCGAGCUUCUGCAGGGCCUCCUGGUCCUCCUGCUCCUGCCGAAAGUAACAUUAGACGCCGGGGUCCUCGCAGGAGCAGCUCGGAGAUCGCCUGCGCUAAAAUAGCUGGAAGACAUGUGCCUGUAAAGGAGUGUCCUUCUGAAUCCAGUCGCUCUGAAGACUUGUCCAGCUGUGAAGGGGAGGAAGAGGAAGAAGACUCCCCGUCGCUCUCCCCCAGCUCCUCCGUCUCCUGUCCCAGGCCUGUCCAGCGCGAAGCCCAGUUGUACGACACCGCUCCAGGCAGCCUCCCUCUGGAUGGGGAUAACUUCCUGUCUGGGAGCCCCGCCCACUGGGGUGUGGAGGAGGUCCGCAGGUUCAUCUCUUCACUACAGGGCUGUGAGGAGCUGGCAGCUCAGUUCCUGUCCCAGGAGAUUGAUGGUCAGGCCCUGCUGCUCCUCAAAGAAGACCACCUCAUCUCCACCAUGAACAUUAAACUGGGACCCGCCCUCAAGAUCUGUGCUUCCAUCAACAGCCUACGAGACUGAAGAGGGAUGGGUGGGCCCACUAUGAAGACUUGUGUUAGAAGACCCAGACUGAAUGGGAGGGAAGGAAGGCCAGAAUGUGGGUUAGAAGCAGAGAUUCACCAAAUCGUUUACCAUGAGCCUCAAUCAUUUUAGGGAAUAGACAAAGAGAAGACGUUGAAUCUAGGGAAGAGAGGAAAUACUUUGGAUUUGCUUUGACUUUCCUGGACAUUGAAUGUGCAAAGAAAUCGUUUUUUUCCUUUUUUUUAAUGCAAGUGGCAUGAAGGGCUUAUAAUCUGUCUUUGGAGUAUGCAUGUUUGCUGGGUGAAGGCUGGAGUAUGGGUGUGUUUGUGUCUGUCAGUGGAAACAUACUCUUACCUGAGACUGCAAAUGUAGUCCCUGGAGGCUACCAUGGCUACUUAGCUAGGAAAGUUCAAGCAGCCUUUUCUACAUUUUAGAGGUGCUACAACCAUAGUGUUUUGAUUGAAGAUGGUUCAUUCAAUUUUUAUUUUACAAAGUAGAAAUGUAAUGUAGAUGAUAUUAGUUUGUAAGUCCAGGCAGGCUCUAAUCAUAAUUAUGUAAGGUAGAGCUUGACAUUUUAUUUCACUAGAUAUGGCUCAAUUUUAUAGCUUUGUUCUUUUUUUACUACAUUGAAGGUUUUGGCUUUGGGAGCAGUUUUGUAAUGGAGAUUUCCUUGUGUGAGUAUUAGUUGCUUUAACUGACUAAACUACCUGAAGAUGGGUAUUCAUCCUGAGGGAGGAUACUCUGUGUAUGCAGUACUACCAAUAAACAAUACCUGUUAUGGAAACGGUU